AUGCACUUCUCAUUGCUGGUGUCGGCCUUGGCUCUGUUGCCCCGAACUUUGGCGACUUCGACCUUGGCCUACUGCUCGACUGAAAACACUGGAUCUUCCGGUAACUCAUCAACGAGUACCUAUCAAUCCAACGGCCUCUGUGAGGGAACCUGUGCCGAUUACGCCUUCGGUAUUCUCCAAGGAAAGGUCUGUUGGUGCUCGAACGUGGUACCGGCCUCUGAUACUCAAGAGAAAGCUACGAAGUGUGAUACGGGAUGCCCUGGUUAUCCCUCUGAUAGCUGUGGUAGUGCUGCCAAGGGAGUGUACGCCUAUGUCGCCAUUGAUGGAAACAGCCCUACCAGCACCGCGAGCGGCAGCGACAGCACUUCAUCAACGUCUUCGGGGACUACUACAAGCACAUCGUCAAGCACCCACUCGAUUUCCACUGUACUACCAUCAACCCCCAACGGCUCGACUAGCGGUUCCACCACCACGACUGCAGCCAGUGUCGCCUACACAACCUCCUCGAACGGCGAAGUCAAGACAAUCACUGUGUCUGGCUCGAGUGCCACCUCUGGCGCGGAUGGGAGCACAGUCGCCACGACUAGCGAUAAGAGCUCCGGCCUGAGUGGUGGAUCGAUUGCAGGAAUUGUUGUCGGCGUCAUCGGAGGUCUCGCCCUGGUGGGCGCGCUUGUCUUCCUCGUCUUCUUCUACCGCAAGCGUGCUCGCUCAUCCAGCCCCGUCCCAAGCCAGGAUAUGGCCGACCGAACUAGCCAGAGCUCGAGCUGGUCUCGUGGAGUCUUCCCUGGUGGUGCCGGUGGAUCUGACCUUGGACGCAAGGCGACUUUCACCGAUAACCGUAUGAAGACCAACACCGCUAUUUAUCCAAAUGGAGCUCGGGAUAGCAGUGUCUCGCUGCAGGACAACGAAGACUACUCACGACCUGUCCUUCGCCUCACCAACCCGGACUAA